GUUCUAAACUCUUCUUUUAGAUAUUUACAGUAAGUUUGUAGGAAUAUCACUUUCCAACAAUGUCAUUGACAAUGGCUGACCGUGUAGAGGCAGCAAGAGGAAGAAGCAGAAGAAGAAACAGCUUAUUAAGUAAACAACUUGCUGUAGCUGUAAAAAAUGUUCAGUGGAGCUACGCAAUCUUCUGGUCCUACUCACCAACUCAAUCCGGGGUUUUGGAGUGGGGAGAAGGAUGUUACAAUGGAGAUAUGAAGAAGAGGAAGAAGAGAUACGAAGCUCAUUGUAAACAUGUGUUGCAGAGAAGCAACCAACUUAGGAAACUUUAUCUCUGUAUGCUUGAAGGAGAUAGUACUACUGCUAUUAGUACUACUCAUGUUGAUGAUUAUCAAAAUUGUAACAGUACAAGUAUGAUGCUGUCACCAGAUGACCUCUCAGAUGAAGAGUGGUACUAUUUAGUCUCCAUGUCCUAUGUCUUCUCUCCUUCUCAAUGUUUGCCAGGAAGAGCUCUGGCGACGGGUGAGACCAUAUGGCUUUGCAACGCUCAGUAUGCGGAUACCAAAUUCUUCUCUCGUUCUUUGCUAGCAAGAACUGUUGUAUGUUUCCCUUACUUGGGCGGUGUGAUUGAGCUAGGCGUCACAGAAUUGAUUUCAGAAGAUCCUAGUCUGCUUCAACACAUUAAAUCUUGCUUGUUGGAGACUUCGAAACCUGUUAACUCUCCAAUCUUCUCUACUAACCAAGAGAAUGAUGAUGAGAAGGAUCAAAUGAAAAUCAAGAUCAGUGAUGGAGACGCGGUGCUCCAAGAGAACCAUGAGAUUCAGUUUGGUAUUUCUGAUCUCAUGUUGGAUGAAGACUUGCAUUACAAGACAACUGUUAAAACAUUACUCAAUAUAACAACAGAGGAAGAUAAGAACAAUCAUCAUCAUGUUCUUUCUUCGAGCUCAAGUUUCUUGCGGUGGAAGCAACGUGAGAAGUCAAACUCAAAUCUUCUUCAGGAACAUAGCAAUUUGCAGCCGUUGACACAGAGCAUGCUGCGGAAGAUAUUGCAUGACGUACCUUUGAUGCACUCUGUAGACGCAAAGAGAAUGCUCCCAAAUAAGACGUUUGGUCUGAAUCAAGAUGAUCCUUGGGACAGAAGUAAAGAGAACGAAAAGUUCAGUGUCCUUAGAGCUAUGGUUCCCACUGUCAACGAGGUUGAUAAAGAAGCGAUACUGAACAACACAAUCAAGUACUUGCAAGAACUAGAGGAAAGAGUUGAGGAGCUAGAAUCCUGUAUGGGAUCAGUUAACUUCGCAGAGAGACAAAGAAAGAGCCCUAACGACUCUGUGUUGAUCGAGGAGACAUCAGGGAACUACGAGGACAGCACGAAGAUUGAUGGAAACUCAGGAGAAACCGAACAAGCCACAAGUUUCAGAGAUGAAACACAUUUGAGAGUUAAACUGAAAGAAACAGAAGUUGUGAUCGAAGUAAGAUGUUAUUACAGAGACUACAUAGUUGCGGACAUCAUGGAAACUCUGAGCAAACUCCACAUGGAUGCUUUCUCUGUUAGAUCUCACGCCCAAAAAGGGUUCCUCACUCUGAAUCUAAAGGCAAAGUUGCGUGGGGCUGCAGUGGCGUCCGUAGGAAUGAUUAAGCGAGAGCUUAGAAGAGUCAUUGGUGAGAGAAGGCCUAUGUAUUAUGUGUUGUUACAAUGUGGGACAAAGGAGUACCGAAGCAAAGUGUCAAAAGGUUCAAGUCAUAAUGACAACGCAUUGUGGAACCAAAAGUUUGUGUUCGAUUUCCCAAUGUCUCAAUGGAAGAAGCUGACUCAUAUCAAGUUUAGAAUCAUGGACAAAGAGCUUUUCAAAGAUGGUGGAUUUGUUGGUGAAACCAUAAUUGAUCUUAAAGGGAUAGUAGCCGAAGGAGGUGACAGAGGAUACAUGGAAGUUAAACCAACUCCGUACAAUGUUGUUCUUGACGAUGAUACUUUUAAAGGCGUCUUAAAACUCGGAUUCAGAUUCACUCAUGCAGCGGACAAAUUGAGGAGGACGGCAUGGGAACAGAAGAUAGAGGGCAAAAACAGUGAAGAAGCAAUGAAUUCCACAGCUCUGAGUCUGAUGAAAAUCCCUUUGUUAAGGUUUCUCAUGAUGGAGAAUUUGUCGAAUAUAGAUGAAAACGAAGAUCAUCACCAGUCACCUGGAUCCAUUGACCAAAAUGAUCAAUCAGCAACAGAAACUCCGGUUUACUCGACCAUGAGCAUAGAUUCCUUUGUGUACCCUCGAACAUGUUCAGAGAGUACUUCAGGCUUUUCAGACCAAAUAGAUGAAACCAACAGCUUCUGUAGUGACGCUUCUCCUUCUGAUUGGCCUGUCCUCACUGAAUCCAAGAGCUCCAAAUUCCUCACUACUGGUUUAGAGAUGCGAACUCAUGAGAAUCUUCAAGCCCAAGAUUUCUCAGAAGCAGAACUUGAGACAAUGAAGGAAAGAUUUUCAAAGCUUCUACUUGGAGAAGAUAUGUCAGGAAGUGGGAAAGGAGUUUGCACUGCAGUCACCAUCUCUAACGCUAUUACCAAUCUUUAUGCUACAGUUUUUGGACAGAAUCUGAGGUUAGAGCCAUUAGAAACAGAGAAGAGAGCAAUGUGGAAGAGAGAAAUGAAUUGUCUUUUAUCGGUAUGUGACUACAUAGUCGAGUUCAUCCCUAGAUGUCAGAGUCUAAGCAAUGGAACUACUGUUGAGGUGAUGGAGAGUAGACCAAGAGCAGAUAUCUAUAUCAACUUACCUGCCUUGAGAAAGCUAGAUUCCAUGCUUAUGGAAGCAUUGGAUAGUUUCCAGAACACAGAGUUUUGGUAUGCAGAAGAAGGAAGUCUAUCCAUGAAAUCUGCACGUUCUGCCACUGGAUCCUUCAGGAAAGUUAUAGUACAGAGGAAAGAAGAGAAAUGGUGGUUACCAGUCCCUCUCGUUCCUCCAGAAGGUUUGUCAGAUAUAGCCAGAAAACAACUCAAAAACAAGAGAGAGAGUACUAAUCAGAUUCACAAAGCUGCAAUGGCUAUCAACAGUAGCAUCCUCAGUGAAAUGGAGAUUCCAGACUCUUACAUGGCAACUCUUCCAAAGUGUGGUAAAAGCAGUGUUGGUGACUCAAUAUACCGCUACAUGAGUGGUUCGGGUCGGUUUUUCCCAGAAAAACUCUUAGAUUGUCUGAACAUAGCAUCUGAGCAUGAAGCUGUGCAGUUAGCAGAUAGAGUAGAGGCUUCAAUGUACACUUGGAGACGCAAGGCUUGUCUUAGUAACUCUAAGAACUCUUGGAACAUGGUGAAAGAUCUUAUGUCAACUACAGAGAGAACAGACAAGAACUAUGUAAUGGCUGAGAGAGCAGAGACUCUGCUCUUCUGUUUGAAACAGCGUUAUCCAGAAUUAUCUCAGACAUCAUUAGAUAUAUGCAAGAUUCAGUACAAUAAGGAUGUUGGAAAGGCAGUGUUGGAGAGCUAUUCAAGAGUACUCGAAGGCUUAGCUUUUAACAUAGUUGCUUGGAUUGAUGAUGUUCUCUAUGUAGACAAAACCAUGAGCGGUAGUGAAUAAGUUGUUAGCUACAGA